AUGCCAACUGGCCUCGCUCAAAUGUCCUUUGGGUUCCCAAAGAAGCACAAUUAUUCGCUUUCACACUGGCUGCAGUCCGUCCACGGCGAUGCUCUCUUGGAUCACCGCACAACGCCAGAAUUGCCCCAAUCUGUCGAUAUUGUAAUCAUUGGAUCCGGUAUCACGGGAACAUUGAUUGCGAAGAAUAUUGUGGCAACUUGGCCUGAAAAGAAAGUGAUCGUCCUUGAGGCCCGCCAAUUUUGCUCUGGUGCUACCGGCCGUAACACUGGUCACUGCAAGCCUGAUCAAUGGCGCGGAUUCAAGCGCUAUGAAGGCCUUUUUGGCACUGAGCAGGCAUUAAAGAUUUUGCAGAACGAACAACAAACAUGGUCCGAUUUAGUGCGGUACAUACGAGAAAACGAAGUCGAUUCCGCGGCAAACGCAAAUGACAUUUUUGAAAGCUACAAGGCAGCCGGCGGCAAAGUGGACAACAUCAAAGUUACAAAGGAUCCAAUGGAAGCUGCAAAGAUAUCUGGAAUCAAAGAUGCCCAAGCCUGUUAUGCGUGGUCUGCAUCGACACUGCAUCCCUGGAAGCUGGUGGCACACAUCAUGCGUGACAAUCUCAGGAGGGGAGUCAACCUCCAAACAAAUACCCUAGUUACGAAGAUCACAAAGUCUUUGCGAAAUGAUUAUAGGUGGAUUGUUCAGAGCGAACGUGGGCAGAUCGAAUGCGCAACGGUCGUCUAUGCCACAAAUGCGUAUAGCUCUGCACUUGAGCCCUCUUUGCGUGGUCUCAUUGUCCCAACUCCUCACAUGUGUAACAAGGUCAUUCCGCCAAAGACUAUUCAAGAUCGACAAGGCCUCGAGAACUCGUAUGGUGUGCUGCUGCCGAAGGGCGACCUAUUCUCCAUCAAUCCGCGCAGAAAUGAAGGGUAUCCGGUUCUAUUUGGAGGAAGUAACCCUGGUCAACAUGAGCUGGAAAAAUGGUUGACCGAGAACCCGGAUAGAUGUACAGAUGAUGGGCUGCUAGGAUUUAGAUCCGUGACAGAGGCUGUCCAAGAAUUUGCCGAGGGACAAUUUAAAGAUUGGACAUACGAUCCCCCGGAUCGUACGGAAGCCUAUAAAGAAGCCUGGAGCGGAAUUAUGGGGCUUAGCCUGGACGGGGUGCCUUUCGUAGGAGAGGUGCCCGGGUUGGCCAGCCAAUGGAUUUGCGCAGCAUAUCAUGGACAGUAUGUUAAGAAAGCUUCCUAA